GAGGCGCCGAGGCUGCACAGGAGAGGCCCGCCUGCAGAGCGCUGCUUUGACACAUCCUUGUUAUGGAAGUUAAGUGAAAAACAACAAAAACAAAACAACAAAAACCAAAAACCAAAAAAAAAAAAAAACAAAACUCCGGGACGUGUUGCUGCUACAGAGAGGAGACCGGGAAGACGAGCGGUAGGCAGGCCAAUGGUUUUUCGGCAGCGCGCUGGCAAGUUUGUGGAAUACUUUCUAGGAAUUAGGUCUUUUUCCUUCCCCCUUCAUCUUCAUCUUUUUGACUUCUGAAGAAAGAACUUGACUUUGGAUUGCAAUGGACCCUAAGGAGAGAGGGUUAGACACACUUGACUAAUCCCUCUGACUGGGGUGCAUUUGUGGGAAUUUAGGAACCCGGAGUGGAAAUGCAGCAGCCUUUGAAUUACCCUCCGUUAAUUUGAAUGGAUCUACCUGUGUCCUACUCAAGACCUCUCCACCAACCCCUUCUGAUCUUGCGAUUUGCUCUUCUUGACUAAUUACUGUCCAGGAAAGUCUAAACUUUGGAACUACCUCUUUUUUUGAUACUUAUUUUUGUAGUCCGCUCUCUGGGAUUGGUUUCUUACACAAUCUGGAUCCUUUUUAAUAUGUCAAAAUGAGUCUGCUGAUGUUUACACCACUACUGCUCUGUGGAUUUUUGUAUGUUCGAGUUGAUGGAUCUCGCCUUCGCCAGGAAGACUUCCCCCCGCGGAUCGUGGAGCACCCCUCGGACGUCAUCGUCUCCAAGGGUGAGCCCACCACUCUGAACUGCAAGGCCGAGGGCCGGCCCACGCCCACCAUCGAGUGGUACAAGGAUGGAGAGCGAGUGGAGACGGACAAGGACGACCCCCGGUCCCACAGGAUGCUUCUGCCCAGCGGGUCCUUAUUCUUCCUGCGCAUCGUGCAUGGGCGCAGAAGCAAACCCGACGAGGGCAGCUACGUCUGUGUGGCGAGGAACUACCUGGGCGAAGCCGUGAGUCGCAAUGCUUCCCUGGAGGUGGCAUUGUUACGAGAUGACUUCCGGCAAAACCCCACUGAUGUGGUCGUGGCAGCUGGAGAGCCUGCGAUCUUGGAGUGCCAGCCCCCCCGGGGUCACCCCGAGCCCACCAUCUACUGGAAGAAAGACAAAGUUCGCAUCGAUGACAAGGAAGAAAGAAUAAGUAUUCGUGGAGGGAAACUGAUGAUCUCCAAUACAAGGAAGAGCGAUGCUGGGAUGUACACCUGUGUCGGCGCCAACAUGGUGGGAGAGAGGGACAGUGACCCAGCGGAGCUGACUGUCUUUGAGAGACCGACAUUUCUCAGGAGGCCAAUUAACCAGGUGGUGCUGGAGGAAGAAGCUGUGGAAUUUCGCUGUCAGGUGCAAGGAGAUCCUCACCCAACCGUGCGGUGGAAAAAAGAUGACACUGACUUGCCCCGAGGAAGGUAUGACAUCAGAGAUGAUUACACACUGAGAAUUAAAAAGGCUCUGAGUACAGAUGAGGGCACCUAUAUGUGUGUGGCUGAGAAUCGAGUGGGAAAAGUGGAGUCCUCUGCCACCCUCACUGUCCGAGCUCGCCCUGUUGCUCCUCCACAGUUUGUGGUUAGGCCAAGGGAUCAGAUUGUUGCUCAAGGUCGAACAGUAACAUUUCCCUGUGAGACGAAAGGAAAUCCACAGCCAGCUGUUUUUUGGCAGAAGGAAGGCAGCCAGAACCUGCUUUUCCCAAAUCAACCCCAGCAGCCCAACAGUCGAUGUUCUGUGUCACCAACUGGAGACCUCACAAUCACCAACAUUCAGCGCUCCGACGCCGGCUACUACAUCUGCCAGGCACUAACUGUGGCAGGAAGCAUUUUGGCAAAAGCUCAGCUGGAGGUUACUGAUGUUCUGACAGAUAGACCUCCACCAAUAAUCCUACAAGGCCCAGUAAACCAAACAUUAGCAGUAGAAGGCACAGCGUUACUGAAAUGUAAAGCCACUGGUGACCCUCUUCCUGUAAUUAGCUGGUUAAAGGAGGGAUUCACUUUCCUGGGUAGAGAUCCAAGAGCAACUAUCCAAGAUCAAGGAACACUGCAGAUUAGGAACUUACGGAUUUCUGAUAGUGGCACUUACACUUGCGUGGCUACGAGUUCAAGUGGAGAGACCGCCUGGAGUGCGGUGCUGGAUGUGACAGAAUCUGGACCAACAAUCAGUAAAAAUUAUGAUUUAAAUGACCUGCCAGGGCCACCAUCUAAGCCACAGGUUACAGAUGUUACUAAGAACAGUGUCACCUUGUCCUGGCAGCCAGGUCCCCCUGGAGCUCUUCCAGCAAGCGCAUAUAUCAUUGAGGCCUUCAGCCAAUCCGUGAGCAAUAGCUGGCAGACAGUGGCAAACCAUAUAAAGACCACCCUCUACACCGUGAGAGGAUUGCGGCCCAAUACAAUCUACUUAUUCAUGGUUAGAGCAAUCAACCCCCAAGGUCUCAGUGACCCAAGUCCUAUGUCAGAUCCUGUGCGUACUCAAGACAUCAGCCCACCAGCACAAGGAGUGGACCACAGACAAGUACAGAAAGAACUGGGAGACGUCCUUGUUCGCCUGCACACGCCAGUCGUGCUGACCCCCACUACCGUGCAGGUUACCUGGACGGUGGAUCGCCAGCCCCAGUUUCUCCAAGGCUACCGGCUCCUGUAUCGUCAGACAUCAGGCCUGCAAGCUUCAUCAUCGUGGCAGAACGUGGAUGCCAAAGUCCCCACUGAGCGAAGUGCUGUUUUAGCCAAUCUGAAAAGGGGGGCGACUUACGAGAUUAAAGUCCGGCCUUAUUUUAAUGAGUUCCAAGGAAUGGAUAGUGAAUCUAAAACGGUCCGUACUACAGAAGAAGCCCCAAGCGCCCCUCCUCAGUCUGUUACUGUGCUGACAGUUGGAAGCCACAACAGCACAAGUAUUAGUGUUUCCUGGGAUCCUCCUCCCCCCGACCAUCAGAAUGGAAUUAUCCAAGAAUACAAGGGAUUCAGGCCACGGUUGGCUGGCCCUCGUGAAGGAGCCAUCAUGAUGAAGAGGCAUGGUGGAGCAGGGGUUGGAGUAAAAAGUGAUCCUCAGCCAAUAAUAAUUGGAGGACGUAAUGAAGUCGUCAUCACUGAAAACAAUAAUAGCAUAACUGAGCAAAUCAGCGACGUUGUAAAGCAACCUGCCUUUAUAGCUGGUAUCGGUGGAGCCUGCUGGGUAAUUCUGAUGGGUUUUAGCCUCUGGUUGUAUUGGCGAAGAAAGAAGAGAAAGGGACUCAGUAACUAUGCUGUUACAUUUCAAAGAGGAGAUGGAGGGCUCAUGAGCAAUGGAAGCCGUCCAGGUCUGCUAAAUGCUGGUGAUCCCAACUAUCCAUGGCUUGCUGAUUCAUGGCCAGCCACAAGUUUGCCAGUAAACAAUAGCAAUAGUGGACCAAGUGAAAUUGGGAAUUUUGGACGUGGAGAUGUGCUGCCACCCGUUCCAGGCCAAGGAGAUAAAACAGCGACAAUGCUCUCAGAUGGAGCCAUUUACAGUAGCAUUGACUUCACUACCAAAACCACUUACAACAGUUCCAGCCAAAUAACACAGGCUACCCCAUAUGCCACGACACAGAUCUUGCAUUCCAGUAGCAUCCAUGAAUUGGCUGUCGAUCUGCCUGAUCCACAGUGGAAAAGCUCAAUUCAGCAAAAAACAGAUCUGAUGGGAUUUGGUUAUUCUCUACCUGAUCAGAACAAAGGUAAUAAUGGUGGGAAAGGUGGCAAAAAGAAAAAAAAUAAAAAUUCUUCCAAACCACAGAAAAACAAUGGAUCGACCUGGGCCAAUGUUCCUCUACCUCCUCCCCCAGUCCAGCCCCUUCCCGGUACAGAGCUGGAACACUAUGCUGUGGAAGAGCAAGAAAAUGGCUAUGACAGCGAUAGCUGGUGCCCACCAUUACCCGUGCAGACAUACUUACACCAGGGUAUAGAAGACGAACUGGAAGAAGAUGAUGACCGGGUUCCAACACCUCCUGUUAGAGGCGUGGCCUCUUCUCCUGCUAUCUCCUUCGGACAGCAGUCCACUGCCACUCUCACUCCCUCACCACGGGAGGAGAUGCAGCCCAUGUUGCAGGCUCACCUGGAUGAGCUGACGAGGGCCUACCAGUUCGACAUAGCAAAGCAAACAUGGCACAUUCAAAGCAAUAAUCAGCCUCCACAGCCCCCUGUUCCACCAUUAGGUUAUGUGUCCGGAGCCUUGAUUUCUGAUUUGGAAACAGAUGUUCCUGAUGAUGAGGAGGAAGAGGAGGAGGAAGCUGUAGAAAUCCCCAGGCCCCUGAGAGCACUAGACCAGACACCAGGAUCUAGCAUGGACAAUCUAGACAGCUCUAUGACAGGAAAAGCCUUUACCUCUUCUCAAAGACCUCGACCCACCAGCCCAUUUUCAACUGACGGUAGUACCAGUGCGGCCCUGAAUCAAAGUCAGAGGCCUAGGCCCACCAAAAAACACAAGGGAGGGCGAAUGGACCAGCAGCCAGCACUGCCUCACCGAAGGGAAGGAAUGACAGAUGAUCUUCCACCACCACCAGAUCCCCCGCCAGGUCAGGGUUUAAGGCAGCAAAUAGGCCCGAGCCAGCAUUCUGGUAACGUGGAAAACUCAACAGAGAGAAAAGGAAGCUCUCUAGAGAGACAACACGCAUCCAACUUAGAAGACACAAAGAGCUCACUGGAGUGUCCAGCUAAAACCUCUCUAGAGUGGCAGCGACAAACCCAGGAAUGGAUAAACUCCACAGAACGCCAAGAAGAUACACGGAAAGUUCCACACAAACAAGGUGUUGGAUCAGAGGAGGCCCUGGUACCCUACAGCAAGCCCAGCUUCCCAUCCCCUGGUGGCCACAGCUCAUCAGGAACAUCUUCCUCAAAAGGGUCCACUGGACCCAGGAAAGCCGAGGUGUUGAGAGGAAGCCACCAGCGCAAUGCCAGCGACCUUCUUGACAUAGGGUAUAUGGGCUCCAAUAGUCAAGGACAGUUUACAGGUGAAUUAUAGUAACUGAGAGGAGACCUCCCAAGCUGCUCUGAGGACCACCAGGUCUGAACUCAUGGAAGUCAUGACACUAACAGUGCAAUGAACAAUUUCUUUUAUUUAUGUACUAUUAAAAGAACUGUAAAUGCAAUGUAAAGACACACAGCCACACAUAUCCCGCAGAUAUCUUCCUUGUGUUCUUCUCUUAAGUAUACCACCCACCUUAACUCUUUCUUGUCAGGAGUAUAUAAACAAAAGAAAGAAAGCAAAACUCAAAAGCUCACCCUCCAGGAAGAAAAGGAUUUUCCUCUGUAUAUAAUUUCUUUUGUGCAUUGCUAUGCAAGCUCCCUCUUUUUAGCUCUGUUCAUCUUCUUGUCUGUUCUUAAUGGUCUGUUGUAUUAUAUGUGAAUUAAUAGGCUGUGUUGCCAUAUAUUAACUUUUGAUUGUGUAACUUUUAUGUUUAAAUUUUGCACUGCGAUUUUAUUUGGUGAUAAGCACAAAUCUCUACUCCUCAAGACAUGAAGAAAGGUUGAAUGUGAAGGGAGUUUCUGUACUGUAAGCUAGUUGGAUGAUACUGGUGUGACCCAUCACGUUAGAUGGCUUUCAGUUGGGGUGUAGAAAUAGCAAGAUGCAAUGGAACAAUGAUGGUACUGGCAAAGUCUUCUUUGAAUCAGGAAGUGAGUCGAUUUAUAAAGCUUUUAUUGUUGACAACAGAAGGGGUCAGUGGAAGGAAGUUGAAAUCUUUAGGCUGAAUAGGCACUAAAAUAUGCAAGUAGCAAAGAUGAACUGAUCUUGCUUUAAAAAACACAAUGUUUUGUUUAGAAUCAAUUUUACCUGUGGUUCUAAUUGACCCACCUGAGAGUUACAAGAAGCAAAAGAAAAUUAAGGUGUUUCACAAGAGCUGUAUUUAUACUACAGUUUUUAAAUAGCAUUUUGUGAAUUAUCAUAAUUAAUCUUUCCAACUCAUUAAGUCAGAAUAUAACAUGAAGCUCCCCAAGGAGACAAACAAAAUGAACUCUAGAGUACCUCGAAAAUAGUUAAAGAAGCUAUUUAUUAUUAGGACCUAGUCAGGCUGCUCCCAGAUAUGAACUCUAUUGCAAUAUCCUGUUUCAUCUUUCUAAUACAUGUACAGUACACAAUAGAGGUUAGAGCUGCAUCACUUAAAUUCAAGACUUUUAUCAAACUAAUCAGUCUACGUACAAUUUUGUGUUUCAUUUGAUUAAGAAAUGAAGUCAAUUUGCCACCAGAUGUAUAGCGAAAUUGUAAGUGCUCAUAAAGCAGUGCUCUGAGUAUGUUCAGGUCACAAUAAGUAGAUUUGUUGGAAUAAAUACUUUUUGGUACAUUCUCAGAAAUUGGCUACCAAUUAAAAUCUGUUUGACCCACUUUGAAUGAGUAAAUUGAAAAGAAAACUGAAAAGGAGAAAAAUGCAUGUUUCUUACACUUUUUAAAUAAAACCAAACCUUGUAAGUGGACAUUAAUAACAGUGUCCUGCCUCAUUUGUCUUCAUAACUUUGAGAAUAAGGAGUUUCUGAACAUGAGUUUUGUACACUCAAAACAUGUGGCUUUGGAAUCUGUGAAGUUACUGUACAUGUAUAUUCAACCAGGAAGGUAGAAGAUUCUUGUCAUUCCCACAUUUUCUCAUGGGCCACCUACACUAUUUUAAACACAAAUUCUGCCUACAUUUUCUAAGGCUUUUUCUUAAUGUUCAGUAGUUAGUAGGUUGAAAAUUGCUGAGUGUGAUGACCAGAAUAAAUUCUAAAAAGCCCCCCCCGAUGGCAUUUCAACUCACUGUGUUUUUGGCGUAAUGUAGCUAGGGGGUGAUGCCAUUAAAUGCUCCAGCACUUUUAUUCUCUGAGACUGUAUCAACAUCAGCAUCAGCACAGGCGACAUAGAUGUCGGAGUUCUUGAAGAUCCCGCCACAUUCUUGGUGCCACACUGUUCAUUUCUUCACUGAAGAAGAAGUUUCAGACAUACUUAGUAAGCCCUCCACUGACUUUCUACUCAGUGCCUGAGUUUUAAUGCAGUUUGAUUUCUCUGUGGGACAGAGACUUGGAAAGGUGAAAAGAUUUUGCAACAAUGAUACAUGAUGAUUCACAACUCUUAGGUGUAUUUCAUUGUCUGUGUAGUUCUUUGCUUCACCUUCCUGCAUUUAAAAGCAUAAUUCUGAAUUGUCUUAUUCAUUUUUUUUCUUCUUUUAUUACACUUAGUAAUGGAAUUUAGUUUAAAACUUCAGUAUAUUAUGCAUAUUACACUUUGCCUUUACCUUUAGUAACCGGCACUGGUAGAUGAUUAAUAAGACUUCAAAGUUGUAUUUUGGAUUUUCAGAUGAUUUGUCCAGAUGUUAUGCAGGGCAUGACAUCAUAGCUUUUUCUGAUUAUUUUCAGUACACAAAAAUCUUUAAAAUAUGUUAAUACAGACCUUGUGGUUACUUGGACUAUUCUUUUAGAAUAAUCCAUAUUACCUGUUAAUCUUAUUUUAAAUAAAUUAAUCUGUCAAGUAUGGCAUCCCACAUACACAGUAUCUUCGUAUGGAAGAUUAUAUGGUAUAGCUAUAUGAACUUAGGAACCAUAUCAAAAAUAAAAGCUUUUAUCAACUUGUUACACAUAAAAAGCUACCAUCAGUGAAGUCAGAAUAUCAAUAGGAUAGAAAUCUGUGUAACAGCCACCGUGGUUUUCCUUUGUGUGGCUGAUUAAAUGAAUGUGAUUUGAAAUUUACUGAGUUCACUCUUUGUAAGUCUAAACAACAUAGAGGCCAACAUACAGAAUCACAGGGAGAUGGGGGAAGAGAAAGUUAUCUUAUCUUGCACUCUUCAGCAAUAAGUCUAUGCAGUCAGGCCAGACACAUGCAAUCAGAACAGGCAGGGACUAUUUCUCAGUGCCCAAACUCAGGUUUGCUAGUGUAUGUGGUAGAGUCAACUUGCCCCCCUGCAAACCUUUGCCAUGCCAUUUUAAAACUGGAUCAUGCAGGGGCGUGAAAGCAAUUGCUUCCUUCACAGAAUCUGAGUCCAGUUUAAGAAUCUAGGAAAGUCAAGACCAAUGUGUAAGGUAUCACACAACCAAAAGGAAAUAGAGCCGUUGCAGGUUUACUUACUUUGAGUAACAAAACAAAAUUCAUACUGUUCUAUGUCAUAGUUGAAAGCUAUGGGUAUUUAAAUAUAUUUUCAGUGGAAUUUAGUUCAAAAUUUGUAUGUUCUUUGAUGAAACACCUCCCAAUUUCACUUCAAUAUGUUUGUGUAACUGUCCCUUGACAAUAAAAUAAUAACAAUGCCAAUGAGCUCUAAACUGUGGGUUACCUCCACUGGAAAGUGAUUGUGUGUCAGUAUUAAAAAUAUGCAAAACCACAAGAGUCACUAAUGUUAGUUUCCUCAUCUACUUCUGUACCUUGUGUUUAUAGAACCACAUGACAAGCCUUGUUGUCAGCCAACAUGUUUUCCACAUUAUCUUAGAGGUGAAGUUAUAUUCAUUUUGCUGUUUUAUACUGUGUGCGUCAAAUGAAAUGCCAUUCACUUUUAAGUGGCCUACUGGUUUUCUUUAAUUUCAUGACAUCAAAAGCAUUUAUCGUAACUUUAAAAGUAUUGCAAGAUAAGGGGUUUGUGGCGGUGGCAGAUUUUGUUAUACUUCGUUUUAUAGGUAGAUUCUUUUUUUAAACUGUAGUUUGCUUAAGUCACCAAAAGUGUCUAAAGUCUUACUGUGUUUCAUUUGAUGUUGUUAGAUUGGCAAAGACAUGGGCAUAAAAAUUGGUCCGUAGUAUUGUCAAAGAAUUGUGUAUUGUGUACUCACUGGGAAAAAUAAAAUAUAUUCACAU